AUGUUCAAAAGUUUUAUUCUCAAAAAGAAGCUAUCAAUCAUCAACAAAAACAAGUCUGAAGAAAAUGUGGACGAUCCUUUUAAAGUUGUAAAAUCCAGUAGAGCCAAAAGAAGUCAAAGUUCUGAUCUCAAGGAAGAUAAACAAGCUGUCAACAAGAGGGUCACAGUACAUCGCGAUCUCAUGAAUGCUCUAAUCAUAUACCAUCAAAGUCCGAGGUGUUUGCAAAACAAUCUUGGAUUCCCUUACAAAGAUCUCAAGAGAGAACUCCCAUUUGAUAUUGCUGUCAACAAUGAAUACAAAGAGCUACCAAUAAAUAAGAUCAUUAUCACUUCAAAUGAUCUCCGUAAUAUCAUAUUCAGAGCAAUGAUGUUCAUAAACAGCUACUGCUUGGCCUUUUCUCGUGAUUCAAUACCUAACUCCAUUUACAAACAGGCAUUUUGGUACUCGAAAAUAAAAUUAAGAGCAAAAGGAAAUACGAAAGCUUUCUACAGCUUUAUUUUCAUAUCAAUUAUCAUUGGCUCACGUAUUGAGUUACCGCAAAAAAAAGUAACAAAGAGCGCUAAUGUACCACCGGAUCUUGUACAAUCCUGGGAUACGCAUAGAGCCUCGAUUACAAAUUCUGUAUACAAUCAAAGCCUACAAAGCGAGUCCAGACAAUUUCUGUCUGAAGCUUGCACUGAACUUGCAACCUGUUAUACCAAUUAUAUAGUAGAAAACUUUGAGAAACGAUUACUGAGUUACCUUCGUUACACACUACAAAACUUAUUAGUGUUUGUUUGUGGAGGAGACCCAAGUUGGCCAAGUCGUGCACCAAGUUUAGAAGAACUUCAAAAAUCAUCAAUUAUAAACACCUGCCGGUUAUUAAAAAGCCACCUUCCAGACAAAGUGACUUUGGCCGCUCUAUCAGCACACCCUGAAAAGCAUAUCUCUGUAUUUUUGCAAAUCCUGUCCGAGUAUGAACUAGAGCAUACAAGCCAUAAUCCCUUCGAUGCACGCUGGCUUCCGUUACCAAGACUAUUUGGACUAUUUUCAAAACCAUCUUUCCAUUUUCGUUCUGACCUUGAGCCGAAUGGCAAAAAUCAAAUUAUGUUUGGAAAUUUAAUAAGAUCAAAUGGAUUUUCCAUUGAUUGCCUAUUCUACAAGAGGAGCCCAACUCCCAUCGAAGUAAGAAACAGGACACUUCAACUUGAAUUAUCAGAUUUUGAGUUCAAUGAGGUACAAAACUACUAUAAGCCAGUUUUUGUCGACCUUGGGCGAAAGGUUGUUUUCGCUGCAGCGGAGGGGCUAUCUAUUAAAGCACAUAGUUUACUGCGGUGCACAAUUCGGGAAUACUACCAUAUGACAGGAUCGACAAGAUAUCAAGCAGAUCAACUUCAGCAGAAAAGACAAAAUGGAGUGGAAGCCAUUGAGAGUCAUAUACCAUCCCACAAGAGAGCCUCCCAAGCAGCAUAUAUUGAGCGCGUACAAUAUAUUUUGACUCACUUGGACGUGCUAUAUAAUUUUUAUGGUAGUAGUACUGCUAAGUCUCAGUUUUUCUUAUAUCAAAGGUGCCAAAAAGUACCAGAACAGACGGUGAACAUCUUGAUACACGAAGAUAGCAAGUAUAGCCAAAAGAGAAGAAAAAAGAAGGCCAAAAAGAAGAAGCAGGAAGAACCCACAAACCCUAAAACCCUAAAACCAACAAGCCGACAAAAUGAAUACAAUACCUCAAAGACGUGCAACAAUUGCCAAGCGAAGAAUUUAGAAUCUGCAGAUCACACUCGCGGUCCCAGUGUACUUGUCUGUAAAGCAUGUAAUACAUUGUGGCUCCGAGCUGUUAAUGCUGCAAAAUAUAUGAUGACAGUUGCUUUGUCGACUUGGAGAGGAACCCAUCGACCAACCGCUUCCCAAAUAUCUGAUAAAAGCAAGCAAACAAGCAGCAAUUACCACAACAAUCCAAUAAUUGUACCUAAAUUAGCUUGUCUCUUUGAGCCAUUUAGACAAAUAGAUAGAUUGUCUGAAUAA